AUGAUAUUGUCUUUUGCAUACAACAAGCUGUUUGGGCAGAUUCCAGAUUGCACCACCAAUCUCAUUUGGCUCCAAAUUCUAGAUCUGUCAAACAAUAAGCUCACAGGGCAGGUGCCACGCGCGCUUUGGAAGUUUCAAGGUUUCAAGGGCAACACGAGUGGGGAUUUGAAUCUUGGCAUUUACACAGGGGUAGAGUUGAGCCUGGUCAUCAUAGUCAACGACGCAAGGAUACAGUUUGAUCGGACAACGAUCGUUGUUGCAAACAACAUGACUUCAUUGGACAUCUCAAGCAACUCUCUCGAGGGUGUCAUCCCAGAAGAAAUUGGGCAACUGGUUGGACUAAUGCAUCUUAACCUCUCGCACAACCAGUUCACCGGUGCCAUACCUCUCAACCUUUCCAGCUUGAAAAAGCUUCAGUCGCUUGACUUAUCCUGGAACAUGCUCCAAGGCAGGAUCCCAAACGAGUUUGGGGAAUUGCCUUUGUCAGCCUUUAAUGUUUCAUUCAACAACUUAAGCGGAUUGGUCCCAACGGCAUACAAUUUAAACACUCGGUUUCCACUUGCAUUCCAAGGCAAUAAGAACCUUUGUGGGUUUCCAUUGUCUCCUUGUGGCUAUGCAACAAAGGAUCAAGAGCACCCUGCAAGUCACAAAAGUUGGGAGGACUUCCUCUUCCGUGAGGCUUCAGUGUGGGCAUUUGGCUGCGGUGUGUUUAUUGGCUUUUGGGUCACAUUUUUAGGCAUCACGUUCUGGGACAGCCUUCAAAGUUGGAGGUAUAAGCUUCGGGCAAAGGAACAUGAGGACGCAUCUAUUGGCCUCAGCAUACCUUCAUUUCUUCCUCGUCUUGGCAGUUCUUAA